UUGUCAUUCCAGCUCCUGCACCUCCUCCUCGGUCUCACUGCUGCCGCAUUUGCUGGGUCGUAUAUUCCACCCGGUGAAGAUGGUGAUUCAUGUAUAACACGGAACUUGUGCUCGCAUGGAACAGUUUGCGUUCAGACCCUUACAGGCCCACGAUGCAUGGCUAAAGAUCCAGACAAUAAUUGCGACAAGAAAACAUGCUCUGCGGGAAAAGCAUGCGAGUACAGUGAACCAGAAUGUAAUCCGGACACGGUAUGCUAUGCGGAACCGAAGUGCAAGAACCAACUAUCCCAAAUUACACCUGUGGAGCAAGGCACACAAAUGGUCGCUAACACAUUCAGUGCAACAGAUAUGCGCAUCAAUCCGCCAGGUUUUAGGUAA